AUGCCAAGCUUUAAAGGCAUUCUAUAUUGUGGUCUGUUGUUGGUAUCCUCAUUGUUGGGUUCGAUCUUCAUUCUGCUACCUUUCGUGCCGUUUGUUUACUUGGCACCAAAGUUAUGGCGAUUCUACGCUGAUUUCUUCGUCGGAUACUGGCUGACCUUGCCAGCGGCACUGUGUAAUUUUCUAUUCGGCAUCAAAUUUUUCGUGAGUGGUGAUCAGAUCGAAUGCGAUAAGCCAGCGUUGAUCAUUAUGAAUCAUCGAACCAGAUUGGAUUGGCUGUUCUUUUGGAAUGCUUUGUACGCGAUGGAUUAUCGCUUGUUGAGAUCGCAGAAAAUAUCGUUGAAAGCACGCUUGAAAUUGAUACCAGGAGCUGGUUGGGCGAUGUGCUGUGGAGCGUACUUGUUUUUGGAACGAAAUUUCGAGAAUGAUCAACAUAUAAUGAGACGAAUGAUUAGUUACUAUAAACGCUCUGAACGGAAUUAUCAGAUUUUGCUUUUCCCCGAAGGUACAGACCGUGGUGCACGUGCUGUUUUUCUGAGUGAUGUGUUUGCUGAGAAAAGCGGCCUGCCAAAAUAUGAAUAUGUGAUUCAUCCACGUACUGCCGGUUUUACAUAUCUGUUGCAGUUGAUGAGAGAAGAUGGAUACAUUAAACACAUCUAUGAUGUGACUGUGGGAUAUCCGAAAGGUGUUGUGAGCAACGAAAUGGAUUUGGUACGUAGAGGACGGUACCCAGAAGAGGUGCAUUUCAAUGUGCGAAAGUACGAUAUAAACGAGAUACCCGCAGAUGCGGGCAUGGCGGCUGAGUGGUUGAACAAAAUUUGGCUGGAAAAAGAGGAACGUUUGAAACGAUUCUAUACGAAAAACGAAGAGUUUCAAUCGCCGACUGAUAAGCGUCAUAUGUGGACGGUUGGAGCCUUCGAUAUGGGUUACUGCUGUUCGAUUGUAUUUUGGGUGAUAUCGUCAUGUUUUUGGUGUUAUUUGAUGGUGAAAGUUCAUCUUAUGCGAUUCUACUUCAUUUUGGCUUGUGCGUUUUACGUGUUCUGCCAGAAGAGAUUCGGAGGAUUCGAGAAUUUCGCUGAUCAUAUGAUGAAGAGUCGAUAUGAGCGAUAUGGUCAACACUGCCAACCAGAAAGCAUGAAUGCUGAUAAGCAUCAGCAAAAUCACCCGCACACUCAUGCUACUCAGGCCUGA